AUGGGCAAGCUCAAGGUUAUCAUCGUCGGGUGUGGUCUUUCGGGGGCCCUGCUUGGGAACGGACUGGCGCGACACGACGUAGACUUUGAAAUUUACGACCGGCUCGAGGAAACACAAACCGCGAUGGCUACCAAAUCCGCCUUGGAGAGAACGCAUUGGUUGAUCCAACAGAUUGUCCGUUUGUUCGGAGCCGCAUCAGACGCAUCAGAAGCCCCUGUCAUUGUCGACAAGAACUUCAAGCAACUGCUUGACCUCAGCUCGUUCCCCAACUACUCUCGGUCCGCGCCCAUCAACCGUGUGCUCUUGCGAGACUUUCUGUGUGACCAGAUCAAGGGGACUGGUCGGCUGCACUAUGGCAAACAGUUUACAGGCUUUGAGAUCAUGAAUCCAGGCAAGGCGGAGGAGCAAGUCCGAGUAUCCUUCAAGGAUGGAACCACGGUCGACUGUGAUCUCCUGAUAGCUGCGGAUGGAAAUCAGUCUCUGGCCAACAAGCAGCUUGGCUUGAACAAUAUCGUCACCUUGAAGACGCAUGCCUGCUUUUUGACCAAGAAUGAAAUGCCAUUCUCAGCCUAUCGAAGCCUGCCCAAGGAACUGCUCGGGUCGCCGAUUCUGAUGUCGGCUGAUGGCAACACCCUCUACUGGUGUGUCUAUCUGCCAAAGAAAUUUCACGACGAUGUCUCUGGCCAAGACGGAAAUAACGCUGCCAGUGAGGCUCUGUACGACGAAGAGAAAGCUUCCUGCAUGUUGGGAGUGGCGGUGCCAAUGGAGAAGCUCAAGGGAAGGGCGAUCCGAUCGCUUGACGACAAAGAGAAAUAUGACCUGAUCUCUUCUGGUUUCGAAGGAUGGUCGCCGAUCUUUCACAAAGCUCUUGAACUCUGUCAGAAUCAGAGCAUUCACGGAUACGAGGCUCGCUGUGGUUUGGACGUGCCGCUGAACUGGCGAGAGAAGAGCGCCACCAAAGAAGACAUAAAGAAGGGUCACCCACGCGUAUGGCUCAUGGGCGACUCCAUCCACCCCAUGCUGCCCAAUCGGGGCAUGGGUGGAAACACCGCGAUGCGUGAUACAGCUGAAGUGCUGCCUCGCAUCCUCAAACUCAAAGAGGCGGCCGCCGGACCCGAUCCGCUCUCAAUUAUCGAAAUCAAGAAGCAGUGCCAGGAGUACGAGCAGGACAUGAUUCCUCGGGCGUUUGAAUGGGUGCAAAAGAGCGGACGAAACCUCGAGGUACGCAAGGCCUACCUACCUACCUACCCAUGACUUUGCCUGCCUAUAUAUCCCGUUGCGUGAAUGUACUGACUUUUUUUCGUUCCGCGACAAAGCCUUUCAAUACGUCCAACAGGCUCACCAAGCUGGCCCUGUCGAUGGCUUCAUUCGUCGCCGUUCCGG